CACCCAAAACAGUUACAAUCAAUGAGCUAGCGAGCACUAGUUAAUAUUUCCUACUUGGUAGCUAACUUAGCCAACUAUAACUAAUAUAAGUUAAUUACUUUGCUAAUUGAUUGUUCGAUAUAGUUAGCUGGCUAAUUGCACCUGAUUUUAUCUAAAGUUAAGUUCUAAUUUGUACGACUGAAAUGUUCGUUGGAUUGCUAGCCAGCUACCUAGCCGUCUCUGAUUUGUCUUUAUUUCACUUGCACACCAGGAGACCGAUCUCUUGCUCAUCUUGAGAGGUGCAAUACGACUACGAAACGUCAUUAUGGGUCCGAAAAAGAAAGUAACGAGGAAGAGGAAGCCAGAGGAAGACAAUAAAGGCUCAGAAGUGGAAGAAGAGAUUGAAGGAGAGGAACCCAAGGAAAAAGAGAGGAAGGGAAAAGACAAGAAAAGAGGAAAAAACAAAUAUAUUGGAGCUCAUGUCUCCAUAUCUGGUGGGAUUUGGAAAGCCGUAGGGGACUGCUUAGCCAUUGGGGGACGCAGUUUUGCCAUUUUUCUGGGGUCACAGCGCUCCUGGCAGAGACCACCCCUCAACACCGCAGCAGCAGAGAAAUUUCAGAAGGCCUGUGCAGAAAAUGGGUUCAAUCCAGUGCACAUACUACCACACGGAUCCUACCUGAUGAACUGCGGCUCUCCCAAGCAAGACGUGUUUGAGAAAAGCCAGGCCCUGCUGGUAGACGAGCUCGGCCGCUGCAGUGCCCUGGGCCUCUCCCUCUUCAACCUGCACCCGGGCGCCUCUCUGGGCUCCAUCACCACGGAGCAGUGCCAGGAGAAGAUCGCCCAGGCCAUCAACCAGGCCCACCAGCAGACCCCCGCCAUCGUCACUGUGCUGGAGAACAUGUGCGGCCAGGGCAGCACGGUGGGGGGGCAGUUCGGCGAGCUGCGGGGUAUCAUCGACAGGGUGCGGGACCAGAGCCGUGUGGGGGUGUGCCUGGACACCUGCCACGCAUUUGCCGCCGGGUAUGACCUGUCUGUGAAAGGAGGGGUGAAGUCAGUGCUGGAUGAGUUUGACCAGGUGGUGGGACUGUCCUAUCUACGGGCUCUCCACCUCAACGACUCCAAAGGAAAGCUUGGCUGCCACCUGGACCGGCAUGAGGACAUCGGACACGGCCAGAUCGGAAUACCGGCGUUCCGUGACAUAGUGAACGAGCCCCGGCUGGACAACAUUCCCAUGAUUCUGGAGACGCCCGGACGCCCAGGGUUUGAGGACAAAGAACAGAUUGAGCUGUUAUACUCCCUGUGUAAGCACUAAAGUCCAGGGCCCACCACAUUAUCCCCAACAGACCCACAACCCCCUGCCAGAGUCAAAGUGACCAAAGCCGUUCUGCUACCUGCUGUUCAGUGCUGUUUGUUUUAGGUCCAUCUGUUUUGUAUUGUUCAAGGUGAAAAGUUACUUCUUUUUUUUUUUAAGAGACUUUGAAGUAAUAAAUUAAUGUAAUAACAAACCCUCAACGGUCUUAUUUAGAAUGGGUGUAGGUAACCCUCAUUUCCCAUAUCAUUUCCUCUUGCAUACUUUAAUAUACUUUACUUUAAAAUAUGUGCAAAGUGACAGACACACUCAACGGGUUUCAGUUCGGUAAUUUCCUGGUGUAUCACCCUGAAUGGGGAAUUUUAAAACAAAGCGAGGGACUCUUUGGUGCUUGUGCUUGCACUUUGUGACAGUCUGUCUGACCUCUAGGGGGAGCCAGAGAUAAAGAAAUAGAAUGCAAACCACUGCUGUCACACAUCGGUUUUGCAUUAACAACAUCCUCUGGGGUUUAAUCUCUUACUGGUGAGACAGGUGGGCCUCCAUUUUUGAGGUCACUCAAAAAAAGUAGAUGGGUAAUUUCAGUAAUUUAAAAUUAUACAUUGACCCAGGAUCAGAUAAAAUGGGGCAGGGUUGUCUGCCCCUCUCUCCCAGUACAGUGUUAACUAUGAUCUAAACCACGUGCAUGUUAUACUAGUAGUAGAGAUGAGUAGUAUUGCUACAGUAUGAAAGUCCACAGUCUUUGGGGAGCCAGUGCAGGAGACACAGAAUGUUUUCCUGUCAUCACUGAGUGAAGCAAGUGUUCCUUCCCAUCAGCCGCGCUGUUGAGAGUGCGAGACAGGAAACGUGUCAUUUGCCGUGGUGUGGAACGACAGGAAGCAGAGGUGGCCUGCAGUGGACUGCUUCUCAUUCAGAGUGCAGCUAACAGGAAAUACCUGCCUGCCGCAACCCCAUUGGUCUCUGUGGAAAAACAAGCUCCAGAGGGGUCUGUAAUGGAGGAGGGCGUGGGAGCAGGUCUCCCUGCAGCAAGCACUGAGAUGGCUGACUGCCCAUCUCUUUAUCCCUAUGAGAUCUGUGGGCAUUAUGUUUAUUUACUGUGUUUGGGGGCAGAGGGGUGGCAGCCUUUUUGAUGUUUGU